AUGCGCACAGGCGCGCCGGGCCUGGGAGGCGGAGAGUCGGGCGGCCGCGGCGUGGCAGAGGGUGAAGCCCGGCCUCGGCCCCUGCAGCGGAGGUGGAGUAAUCGACGCCUGCUGUCUAAAAGCUCAGGAUGCAGAGAGCCGCUCACAAAGAGAGAGUGCUGGCUCUUCCUCCCAGAGCCUGCAGGAAGCCACCGGCUACCGCCAGCCCACCCAGGGCCUCAGUACACUGGCCAAGUGAAAAUUGGACAGGCCGAGACCGAGCGCAGACAGCUGCAGGAGCGUGUGGAUGGACUCCGAGCGUCCAUGUCAGACGGGAAGCGUAACAUCGGCGUGCUCACGGAGCGUGUGCAGACACUGCAGUCAGAACUGACCCAGAGUCAGCUGCGCAGGUCUGAGCUGGAGGCGGAGCUACACAACACACAGGAGGCUCUGCGACUGAAGUCCGACAGUCUGACCGAAGCCCAGCGCAGUCUACAGUCUGCGCAGACGGACAGAGCGUCUGCAGAGGAGCGUCUGCGCAGCCUACAGAGAGCCGUGGCCUUACUGGAGACCGAGAAGAGAGACGCAGAGAGGCAGGCCGUCCGGCUGGAGAAAGACAAGGCCGCGCUGAGAAACACGCUGGAUAAGGUGGAGCGCCAGAAGCUGAAGACGGAGGAGAGCAGCAUGCGUCUGUGUGCGGAGAAGGGCCGUCUGGAUCGCUCGCUCAACACCGUCGAACAGGAGCUGCAGGACGCACAGAGACAGAUCGUGCUGCUGCAGGUACGCCAACAUCCGCUCGCUCGCAGGCUAACGCUAAUCACGAGCUGCGCUAACCGUGUCACCCUAUAACGUGUGUGUGAUGUUUCUCAUCGCUGUAAGGGAGAGUUGUGCGGCGUCAGACAGAAGAUUGCGUUGUGUCUGGUGAGUGAAGGCCUGUAGUUAUCCGCGGUGUGAGCGGGGCUGGAGAACAGCUCGUGUUUGUGUUUAACACGCUUCAUUAGAUUAGGCUCGCCGUGGUGCUGGGGAUGCUAUGGUUUCUGCUGUUGCUGUGGUGACGG